AUGUAUAUUGAUCCUGCAGAUACUAAAGCUUGGGCUGAAGAAUUGAAAGAGUAUUAAGUCAAUCGGAAACAACCCAUUGAGUUUACUAAGCCCAAAUUCUUUACUCAGAAGGAAAUGAAAUUGAAAUAAACUGAGUUCAAUCCAGUGUUGUAAACUUACCAAAGUGCUGAAAGAGACGUGAAAGAAAAGGAGAGGGAUUAUCAAAAGACAUCUACUCUGGCAUAAAAGAAAAUGGAAAUGGUCAAGAAAUAUUUACAUGAAUAUGAUUUAGUUAAUCUUGAACAAGUGCAAGGUAUAGAAAGACCAGAUGAAAGGGAGAAAACCAAAUAAUGUCUUUUACCUCCCAAUUUUAAUGAUUAUAAUAUUAUUACCAAUGAGAAAAAAAGCGAAGAACAUUACAAAAAUAUGAAGGUAGUUGUUUAGAAGAAGGUUUAUGAAAAGCCUGUGAUCAAUAGGAAUAAGAGAGAUUUCAAUAUUGUUACCAACAAAUUUCUUGAAAAUCAUGAAACCAAACAAUCAGAGAAGGAUCAAGCCACCAUCAAUGGCAUUAAUGAAAAAUGCAAGAAAGUUCGAAAUUAUGAUAUUGUUUAAGGAGCAUUCUAUGAUGAAGAGAAGGAAGAACAAUAUUAAUAGAAAUUAAAAUAGGAUCAAUAAUAGCAUGGCAAACACUUUAAUGAUAGGUUUCCUCCCUCUUGGAAGUUCAGAGAGUCUGUAUACUUGGAUCAAACUAAAGACAUCCCUGAAGAAAUCAAAAUGAUUGACGAAAUCAAUAGAAACCACAAAAAACGAUUCGAAAUUAGACAUGUCUUAGAAAAUGAAUACAGAGAAAAAGAUCUUUAAGAUCAAUUGAGAACUUAAGAUAGACUCAUCAAAAGACAUAAAUAUGAUGAUAUGAUCAAAAAUUAUGACAAAGAAUUUGACAUCUUAACCUUAUAAAAACCAGAAGUCGAUCACAUAAUUAAAGCCUUGCCUCCAAAACCACCCCUCAAUUCCUGGGACAAAGUGUAACUGACUAAAUCUCCCUCAGAUGCUCCAUUAAAAGAAAUCAGCAUUCCUGAUGGCAUUGAAUUUUAAGAUCGCGGAAAUUCUCUUUAAGACACUUAGAGUAGAGUACGAUUCCCUUAAGUUUUGAGAUAACAAAGUGAGAAAUCCCAGAAAUCUGCUCCAAAAUCACAAAAAUCUGUUAUACAAUCUUAAAAGUCUAAUCCAGGUCAAACAGAAAUUAAGUCAGGAGGUUUUUUCUGA